AUGUUCUACUAUCACCGCCACUACCACGCCGACAAGGAUGAACUGGUUCCCCUCACCUGCAAAGAAUGCGGCCUUUCCUUUAAGGACCGCCGCAGCCUCAUGAAACACAAGCAUGUGCAUAAAGAGGAGCCAAAGUAUCAGGACGAAGCUGCUUUCCAGUGCGCCGCGUGCGAGAGGUUUUUCCCGACGGCACAAAAGCUGCGGCUCCACCAAUGCGACGAUACGGAUGACAUGCCUUACCAUUGUACGCUGUGUCGCAAGGAGUUCCUCGUAAAAUGCGCCGUCGCCAAGCACAUGCUAAACCACUCGCAUGAGGGAAGCUGGUCUUGCAAGGAGUGUGGUCGCAGCUUCCCGGACUACAGGACGUUGCGCUGCCACCAGCGCUGCCACCCCGUCCUUAAACCUUACAAAUGCCCGGACUGCGGCAUGGCUUUCACGCACAGCUCAGUCAUGGAAGUCCACCGGCGCAAGCACACUGAACGGCUGCGCUCUUUUCUGUGUCCCGUUUGCGGUAAGACCUUCAAGUACAAGGACCACUUUCAAGAGCGUCAGACUCAGCGCUUCAGUAAGAAGCCCUCCCGCUGUCCUGAAUGUGGUAAGAAACGUAGCUUUGCUCAAAAUAUGAUGGAAGACUGUCAGAGCUUAGCCUAA